UUGAAAAUAACGCGCGGUGCAUCUGGAAAUUUGCGUUACAAUGUCCGAAGGUUUUAAUGGGCGCCAGAUACUCUAAGAAGCGCCAUAAGCCUCGUAUAAGCAAAUCUCAGAUCCCAUGGCUUUUACGUGGAGCUAUAAGAAGCAAUAAUGUUGGAACACUGCAGUAUCUUUUCAGUUAUCCAAAUGGUGUGGAUCCAAGCAUGGUCAUCGAUGGUGUUUGUCCUCUUAAUCUGGCAGUUGAAUUGGGAUAUUUGCAAAUGGUCAAAAUCCUUAUCAAAGCAGGUGCAGAUAUUUACGUGGCUGACGCUCCUCGAUAUCCGCUUCAUCAAGCAAGUUUAUUUGGUCGUGCAGAUAUCGCUGAACUUCUUAUUCGGUCCGGUGCUUCUGUAUCUGCGCUCACUGAACGUCGACAGUCUUGCCUACAUUUACUAGCCCAUCAAACUGCUCAGCGGUACGUUGAUACAGCUAAAAUUCUCCUAAAAUAUCAUGCCAAUCCCAAUACAUUAGAUGAUGAUGGCCUGGCUCCACUGCAUCGAGCAUCAGUCGAAAUCGUUGAAGUCUUAGUUGCAGUAAGUGAUUGAUUGAUUGAAUAAAUAUGUAAGAACCUGUCAUACACAAUUGUUUCUUACACUGGAAUGUGUUAAAAUAACUGGUGAUCGGCUGGGGGUAUUGAAACACAACUAAGCAUAAGGUGGUCGCUGAGGUGCGUCAUUGGUUCGGUGAUAGAAUGGUCGCCAGCCACACACUUAGUCCGGAUUUCGAUCCCAGACUGACCCAUCCCUAAACCUCUCCUACGUUACAUACUUAACUUUGUUUUUUUAUAAGUAUAACAUAAAUUGCUACAGCCUGAGAAAUUCAAAAAACAUAACAACCAUAACAAAUAGCAAACUCAAAGACUUCCCAAAUG